UUAUAUAGCGCUGAGCCAACAUUCUCAUCAGUCCUCCUCCUUCAAGUCAGCUUCUCUUCUGCGUCUCCAUCCUACUCCUUGGUCUCCGCAUUCAUCCUGGAGUGGCCGGUGGGGACGAGCAGGACCGGGAAGAGGGAGAGGUGUGGGAAAGCGAAGCCAAGCUGCCAGGGAUCGGACGCCUUCCAAUUGAAAAGGGAAGUCAGCUGACAAGGAAAGUUAGUUAAAUUUAACAUCCUUUCAUGUGUAACAUCUGACUUCGGGGGAGAAAAUGAACUUUGCAGAGGAAGAGCCCUCCAAGAAAUACUGCAUUAAAGGCAAACACGUGGCCAUCAUCUGUGGAGUAGUGGUGGCAGUUGGAUUAAUAGUGGGACUUUCUGUGGGUUUGACCAGGUCGUGUGAGCAGGACACAACCCCAGCUCCUUCCCAACCUCCUCCGGAAGCCAGCACUGCCCUCCCUCCUCAGGACCAGAAUGUCUGCCCUGACAGUGAAGAUGAAAGCGGAGAAUGGAAAAACUUCAGGCUGCCUGACUUCAUCAAUCCAGUUCACUACGACCUGGAGGUGAAGGCCCUGAUGGAGGAAGACAGGUACACGGGAAUAGUGACCAUCUCUGUCAACUUGAGCAAACCCACUCGUGACCUAUGGCUCCACAUCAGGGAGACCAAGAUCACCAAGCUGCCGGAGCUAAGGAGGCCCUCUGGGGAGCAGGUACCAAUUCGACGGUGCUUCGAGUAUAAGAAGCAGGAGUACGUGGUGAUCCAGGCUGCAGAAGACCUUGCGGCCACCAGUGGGGACAGUGUCUAUCGGCUGACCAUGGAGUUUAAAGGCUGGCUGAACGGUUCCCUUGUGGGUUUUUACAAAACCACCUACAUGGAGGACGGGCAAAUCAGGAGCAUAGCUGCCACUGACCAUGAACCAACAGAUGCCAGGAAGUCCUUCCCUUGUUUCGACGAACCCAACAAGAAGUCAACUUACAGUAUAUCCAUCAUCCACCCAAAAGAAUACUCAGCACUUUCUAAUAUGCCAGAAGAGAAAUCAGAGAUGGUGGAUGACAACUGGAAGAAAACCACUUUUGUGAAGUCUGUCCCAAUGAGCACUUACCUGGUGUGCUUUGCUGUGCAUCGGUUCACUGCUAUAGAGAGAAAAUCCAGGAGCGGCAAACCACUCAAGGUCUAUGUCCAGCCCAAUCAGAAGGAGACAGCAGAGUAUGCGGCAAACAUAACCCAAGCUGUAUUUGAUUACUUCGAAGACUACUUCGCUAUGGAGUAUGCGCUUCCUAAACUGGAUAAAAUUGCUAUUCCAGAUUUUGGCACCGGCGCCAUGGAAAAUUGGGGACUUGUCACUUACCGAGAAACAAACCUGCUUUACGACCCCCUACUAUCGGCCUCAUCUAACCAGCAGAGAGUGGCCAGCGUGGUUGCCCACGAACUUGUACACCAGUGGUUUGGAAAUACUGUGACCAUGGACUGGUGGGACGACUUGUGGCUAAAUGAAGGAUUUGCUUCGUUCUUCGAGUUCUUGGGAGUAAACCACGCAGAAAAAGACUGGCAGAUGCUCAGUCAGGUGCUGCUUGAAGAUGUGUUCCCCGUGCAAGAGGACGACUCCCUGAUGUCUUCACAUCCAGUGGUCGUCACCGUGUCCACGCCAGCUGAAAUAACAUCUGUGUUUGAUGGGAUAUCAUACAGCAAGGGAGCUUCUAUUCUGAGAAUGCUCCAAGACUGGAUAACACCAGAGAAAUUCCAAAAAGGCUGUCAGAUUUACUUGAAAAAAUUCCAGUUCGCGAAUGCAAAAACUUCCGACUUUUGGGAUUCACUGCAAGAGGCAAGCAAUCUGCCAGUGAAAGAAGUGAUGGACACCUGGACUAGCCAGAUGGGUUAUCCUGUGGUCACUGUGAGUGGAAGGCAGAACAUCACCCAGAAACGCUUUCUGUUGGACUCCAAAGCUGAUCCUUCGCAGCCACCGUCAGAGCUCGGUUACACAUGGAAUAUUCCAGUCAGAUGGGCUGAUAAUGACAACUCAAGGAUCACCGUGUACAAUAGGUUAGACAAAGGAGGAAUCACUCUGAAUGCUAAUCUUAGCGGAGAUGCUUUUCUCAAAAUCAACCCAGAUCACAUUGGGUUUUAUCGUGUAAAUUAUGAAGGAGGAACGUGGGAUUGGAUAGCCGAGGCUCUCUCCUCAAACCACACGAGAUUCUCCGCUGCUGACCGGUCAAGUUUUAUUGAUGAUGCUUUUGCUUUGGCAAGAGCUCAACUUCUGAAUUAUAAAAUAGCUCUGAACUUGACCAUGUAUCUCAAAUCAGAAGAGGAUUUCCUACCAUGGGAGAGAGUCAUUUCAUCUGUAAGCUACAUCAUUAGCAUGUUUGAAGAUGACAGAGAGCUGUACCCCAUGAUAGAGACGUACUUUCAAGGCCAAGUGAAGCCCGUUGCAGAUUUGCUGGGAUGGCAGGAUACCGGAAGCCACAUCACAAAGUUACUCCGGGCCUCUAUCUUAGGAUUCGCAUGCAAGAUGGGGGACAGAGAAGCCUUGGGCAAUGCUUCCCAGUUAUUUGACUCCUGGCUGAAAGGGAGCGCAAGUAUUCCGGUAAACCUCAGGCUGCUUGUGUACCGCUAUGGAAUGCAGAACUCUGGCAAUGAGGCAGCGUGGAACUAUACCCUAGAGCAGUAUCAGAAAACAUCGCUUGCCCAAGAGAAAGAAAAACUGCUCUAUGGGUUAGCUUCAGUGAAGGAUGUUAAACUCUUGGCAAGGUAUCUGGAAAUGCUCAAAGACCCCAAUAUUAUUAAAACUCAGGAUGUAUUUACCGUCAUCCGCUACAUCUCCUACAACAGUUAUGGGAAGACAAUGGCCUGGAAUUGGAUACAACUCAACUGGGACUAUCUGGUCAGCAGAUUUACAAUCAAUGACAGAUACCUUGGCCGGAUCGUCACCAUAGCUGAGCCCUUCAACACUGAACUGCAGCUCUGGCAGAUGCAGAGCUUUUUUGCAAAAUAUCCAAAUGCUGGCGCUGGAGCAAAACCUAGAGAGCAAGUGCUGGAGACGGUGAAGAACAACAUCGAGUGGCUAAACGUGAACAGACAGUCCAUCAGAGAGUGGUUCGCUAGCCUGCCGUAGGACGGACAGUGAAAACACGUGCAAGGGUGAAGGCACGUCAUCUGUGCCUCUGCUGCACCGUGGGCGGAGCCUGAGAUGGCCUGUUUUACAGACCGCAGAGGGGAGCCUUUGAAACCAGUUCUGCUUUUGCUAAGUACUGUAUUUAUGUCACGCAAAGCUUUUAAAUUAUUCCUCUUUGUUUUUGCAGGAAGAUACUAAUAGAGUAUUUAAUAUACUCAGGGAUUUCUGCUAAGUGUUCUUCAUGGGAAAGUCUUUACAAACUGAAGGGUUUAAUAGUCACAUUAAUGUCUUUAAUAUCAUUCCUUGUAUCUUAGAUCUGUGAAAAUGGAGCAAUUUGGUCCUAGCUUUACAUUUUUAGUACCAAAGAAACACCACUUAAUCUUCUCUCUUGAUUGAUUUUUAAAGUUUAAAUACCAGUACUUGCAGGGUGUAUUGCCAUCUUAAUCUUUAUUUUAUUAUUCAGAAUUACAUAGACCUAAUAUCAUUUUAUUCACAAAUGUCUCACUGCUUUAAAUCCUACCAAAGUAACCUUGGCUUAAGUUUUGAUCAAGGAUUGAAGGAAUGAGCCAAAGAAAUGACUGACUGUUGCCUUUGGUCUUACAAAAUCAGACAAUGCUGUAUUCUUUUUUUUUUUUAAAUAAAUUUAAAUUAUUACCUUGAAAAACACAUUGUUUCCCAGUAUCACCUUACUCCUGAGUGAAUGUGACGGCACCAUUCCCCAAAUAAUUUAGCACAUUACAAGUGUGCUUCAAGAGCCUGACCUUGGUCACGCAUGAUGCACUGCUGUCUCUCCUGAUGCGUGCAAAGUUCCCUUCAAAUGAGCUAUGAAAUUAGUGGGCAUGGGGGCGCUUAACUGCGCUCCAUGGAUUUUUAUAGGGAAGAAUGAAAGUAAUUGGAAACUGUUCAGGAAGGAGAGAAGGCGGAUUUAAAUUUAACUUUGCCCUCCCUAGCAGCAAAAGUGUGAAAAUGGAGAAAGUUGAGGUUGUCCUCCAGCAAAGCUGCACAUCUAAGGAUAUGUCUUCUUAUAGAUAAAUUUUAUAUAUACACCUUUAAAUGUAAACCAAUAUAGAAGACCACUAAUAAAAAUUAUAUAUGUAGACUG